AUGGCACCAUCCCCACAAGAGAUCGCCGCUAUCUUUGAGAAGAUUGGGCCCAAGGGAGGUAACUUCAUGGAGCAUGCCGAUCCCGAUGUCAAGCUCGAGGUAAUGGGGCAUGACCAUCCUCACAAGAAUACCCACGAGAGCCAUGAAGCUAUGGCCAAGGAGUUCUUCGACCAAUUUGAGUGGGUUGACUGGGACACCAUUGAGAUCAAAGCCCGUCAAGUCAUUGGCGGAGGACCUUCUUCUGAGUGGGCCUCAGUCGAGCUCACUUCUGUAGGAAAGUCGAAGAAAGGCAAGCCCAUCAACCACGAGUUUGUUUUCAUUACGCGCUUCAACUAUUCCGGUAAUAUCACUGAGAUCAGGGCAUAUUUGGACUCUGCACACUUGGACAACCACCACACCCAUCACAAACAUGGCUAA